GACCCGGGUCCGGGCUGCGGUGCGGUCCCCGCUGGGCUGCCGCCCGCUCUGGGCUGCCGCAAUGGAACUCAGCGCCGAGUACCUCCGGGAGAAGCUACAGCGAGAGCUGGAAGCGGUGCACGUGGAGGUGGAGGACACGACUCCCAACCGUUGCUCGGCCAGCUUCCGAGUCCUGGUAGUGUCCUCCAAGUUCGAGGGGAAACCGCUGCUACAGAGACACCGGCUGGUGAAUGCCUGCCUCGCGGAAGAGCUUCAGCACAUCCAUGCCUUUGAGCAGAAGACCCUGACCCCAGAGCAGUGGACCUGUGAACGGCAGAAAUGACGGGCGGGGCCCCCCCGUGCAGCCAUUAAACCUUACAUCUGGACCA